GUCACCAAGCUCGACAGCGGGCACCGAGUCAUCUGGCUGGAUCGGGUCAUCAGGCUGGAUCACGAACACCGGGUCAUCAGGCUGAAUCAAGUCAUCAGGCUGGGUAGCGGGCACCAGGCCACCAAGCUGGAGAGGACCAUCAGGCCGGGUAGGAUCAUCAGGCCGGAUCGGGUCAUCGGGUCAUCAGGCCGGAUCGGGUCAUCGGGCUGGAUCGGGCCAUCAGGCUGGGUAGCGUACACUGGGUCAUCAGGCAUCAGGGCAUCAGGCUGAACAACGGAAGGUGGGUUCUCAGACAGCAGGCUGACUG